GAAAGAUUUAUCUACGGAAACUGAAGGAUGUGCAUCCUAGUUUGAGAGACGGACUCGGAGAAGAGGACAAAUUGAUUCAAAACAUCCUGGAAUGAGCGGGUGGGUUGUUCAUUUGGAUCAGUACCGUCUUUCAUUACAUGAAGGUGGCAAGUGGCGACCCUAUGAGAACGCUGGAGAAAUUGAUUGAUACGGGCGCUAACCGAUCAAAGGCCCGAGCCGAGGAAAUGAUGGACAGCCUGUAUACGACCAUUCUGAAGAAGUGUAAUUGGAAGGACGAAGAUUUUGUGCAUGACUACCCCAUUGUGAUGGGAGCAAUCUUGGUUGCGCAACAGCCAUUGUCAGUUAGGGCUUGGGAUGCCAUACUAUCACCGCUCCUUAAGUCUUCCAUACAUCACACAUUAGCCGAACUUGCACCCCUCCUCUUAGGGGUUAGGGAACCUGAUAAGCCAAUUCGUAUUUACAUCAAUCAUUCCACGACUUCCUCAGACCGAACCGAACCAGAAUCCUCAGCACUUCAUCGUUAUCUGGUGGAUACGAAAAGGGAAAAUAUCCGAGUGGCCCUGCAUUGCGUUGAGACCUUGAAUGAGGAUCUUUGCCGUCUGGAUGGUUUGGGGUUAAUCCAAAAGUUGCCGGAAAAGGUCGAACUGUCCCCCAUUCCUCCAGAAACGCUGGCCGAACACUUCCGUUACGCGCGUCGGCAUGUUGUGUGUCACCUCAACCAAGUUUUGGAGCCUCCAGAGAGGCUCAAUGCGUUGGUCCUCGCAUUUUUAAUCAGUAACUCACACGCUGGGUGAAAGUCUGUGUGAGGGGAUGGAAGGAUAGAUCAGUAUAUCUUCGUUCCCUGAAUGGGCCAAGG